AUUUCCAAGGAUUCGUCCGCAGUGACCUCCGCCACAUCCUUCCUCGCCUUUAAUUUGCAGUUUACACAUUGGCCGACCGGAAAUCUAUCCUGGGAGUCGCAUCACGACGAGUUUAGCAUUGCUCCAGGCGGCCUCAUCUUCUCCUAUUCCUCCGGCUGUUUUAUUUUAAUUGUAUAUCUAAAUUAGAAAAUGGCGUUGCUAACACCUCUCCUCGCAUUCCUCUACCACUUGCCGCAGGUGUACAAGUGGCUGCUAAAGCCAUACUAUGUCGCAUCUCUAUUCAUGUCAAUUGGGUUUCUCGUGAUCCGCAAGACGCCAGGCAUCUGCGAACAUCUUUCGACACAACGAGAGGAUGGCAAUCCCUGCGACUUUGACUGGAGAGAAGUGGAGAUUCUUAUGUUCCUCAGUGCCAUCGUCAUGAUGAAAAACAGAAGAGCUAUAACGGUGGAACAGCAUGUGGGGAACAUCAUUCUGUUCAGUAAGGUGGCCAACGUUAUCCUCUUCUUCAGACUGGACAUCCGCAUGGGCCUGCUCUACCUCACCCUCUGCAUCGUGUUCCUGAUGACCUGUAAGCCUCCUCUCUACAUGGGCCCAGAGUACAUCAAGUACUUUAGUGACAAGACCAUAGACGACGAGUUGGAGAGGGACAAUAGGGUGACGUGGAUCGUAGAAUUCUUUGCGAACUGGUCCCCAGAGUGUCAGUCCUUUGCCGCCGUCUACGCAGACCUCUCCCUCAAGUAUAACUGUGCUGGGCUCAAGUUUGGGAAGGUGGACAUCGGGCGGUAUGGAGACGUGUCUAAGAAGUACAAGGUGAGUACCUCUCCCCUCUCCAAGCAGCUGCCCUCGCUGGUGCUGUUCCAGGGGGGCAAGGAGGUGAUGAGACGCCCCCAGGUGGACAAGAAGUGUAGGGCCGUGUCCUGGAGCUUCACUGAGGAGAACAUCAUCCGGGAGUUCAACCUGAACGAGCUCUACCAGAAGUCCAAGAAACUCAACAAGUCCAAGGGAGACCGGGGCGACAAGAUCAACGAAUCCCAGUUCCCGCCCGUGCCCGAAGAGGAGGAGCCCGAGGUCGACGCCCAGGAGGAGGAGACGGAGACCAAGAAGGACAAAUAGAAUUGUCAGGGGUAGCGGCCUCAGAAGAAUGGUGUGACGUCUCAAUGGGACUAGGUGGCGUUAUGCUGAUGCUGGAGGGGUGUGCUGUUCGAUCGAGGGAACAAACAUGAUUGUUAUGAGUCCUUUUUUGUUUUGCUAUAUACUGUAUGCAACAAGAUUUGAGUUGCAAAAUAAUUGUAUUAUGAUGAUUAACUCAAUAUUAACUAAUUUAAAUCUAAACUGUACGGUUCGAUUUUUACAUCUCUCCAUCAUCCUUAUGACAGUUAUGUUGAUCUUUCCACCAGUUCCCUCUAUGGCCAUCGUUGGGUGUGUCCCAAAUGGCAUUCUAUUAUCUAAUACAGUGCAAUACUACAAAGUAGUGCACAAUAUAGGGAAAAGGGUGUAAUUUAUGACUUAACAAUUUGAGUGCAUUUGAUUUAGGCUUAAUCUUGGCGCACUACAAUGAUACACUCCGUUCAUAGUGUUUCACUCGAUUUAGAACUUGUCCCAUUUGGGAUACAGAGUGAAUUUACACUCUGUCCAGUCCAUGCUUGGUGUGCCAAAAGGCAACUGAUUCCCUUUUUAUAGUGCACUAGUCAAAAGUAGUGAUAUGGUGCCAUUUCAGACAUGACCUUAUCUCCUAAUAUGGUGAGCUUGAGCUGGCAAUGUUUCAUAUUGGACCAAUGCCAGGCAUUGGCUCAAAUGUCUCCUUCAUUAGCCAUUUGCUGUCAAAGGCUCUUUGGUGCAUGCCUACUCUAUUUGUUAAGCCAUGGUCAAACAUUUCACACCAACUACCUACCUACAACUGGGUCCAUAAUGAUAAGGUAGGGUGUGUGUAUAUAUGAACCACAGCCUCUGUCCCAAAACGCUGUCUUUGAGAGGGAAUUUAAAAAAAAAUAUUAGCAAGUGUUUUUUUUUUUCUCCUUCCGUAAUCGUGGUUGUGAUUUCUGUUGUCACCUAAUCAUAGUUUUCAGUUCAAGAUGAUGCUGAAGGGAAAGAUGAGGAUGGAGAGCGUUUGGCUAUUAAUGCUAAUUCCAUGUGAGAACUAGACCAGUGUUAUUUUGUUGUCCUGGCAAUAGGUAGAAUUCCAUUUUUACUUUCAAAAGCUCCCAUUUCAGGGCUGGCUUCUGUCUAAACACUGUCUUGUUUUUUUUAUUUUUUUAACCCUGUUGUCAUUGUGAAUUGUUGACGAAACACAUUUUUACACCAGUGCAGAGAGAAUUGUGUAAAUUGAGGUGAAGUAGCAGAACAUACGUUAUACUACCCGUUUGACAUUCCCUUGGUUACUGUAGAAUCCUGCUGUCUCAACGUUGCGUUCAGAAUGUGUCGACUGAUUCUGUGUGUGAAUGGGUGAACCCGCCUCCUGCUUCAGAUGAAACUCUGAGGGGGCGUCUGACUUUUUUUUUUAUGCAAUAAAAGUGUACAUUAUUAAA